AUCUAAUAAGAAUCAGAAUCAGUGUUGGACUAAGCAUAGUGAAAACAAGUUUCAAAUUUCAGUCACAUUCUUUUCUAAACCAAUUCAAUUUUAGGUUAACCGCAUUGUUUUGUUCUUUCGUUAACUGCAUUCUGUUAUGGCUGAAUCUUCACCUUCACCUUAUCUCUUUCGAUCCUUCUCCGUUCCCUCUGACACUAGUUGCGCACCACACGAGGGUAAUCCUCUUCGCGCUCUUGGAGAAUCUAUCUCUUUUGGGAGAUAUAUGUCCGAAAGCUUGAAUUGGGAGAAAUGGUCGGUAUUCACGCAAAACCGUUAUGUUGAGGAAGCUGAAAAGUAUUCCAAACCGGGUUCUGUUGCUGCUAAAAAAGCUUACUUUGAGGCUCAUUAUAAGAGAAAGGCAGCUGAGAAAGCUGCUGCGUUGGUUGAAGAAGCAAAUCGAAGUUUUGAAAGAAAAUGCGUUGAUGCACCUGCUCAGAUAAGGUCAGAAGCUGACGGCGUUGAGACGGCCAAUGAAGAGAUAAGUAAAGAUAUUGUUGAUUACCAAGUUGUUGAUUGUGAUGAUGAUACAAAGCGAUGCAAAUGGGAUGACGGAGAAACUGAUUUGGAGAUAAAAUCGGAAGCUGACAGCACUGAGAUAACCAAUAUAGAGGUAGAUAAAGAGACUAUUGUUUACCAAGUUGUUGAUCGUGAUGAUACAAACCGAUUUAAAUGGAAUGGCGAAGAAAAUGAUUUGGAGAUAAAGUUAGAAGCGGACAGCAUUGAGAUAACCGAUGUAGAAAUAAAUGAAGAUACUGUCGAUUACCAAGAUGUUGUUUGUGAUGAUUUAGACGUUCCCAAGGUGGAAGUAGCUGAGAAAGUCCUAUAUCCUUGCAAUGAUAUGAAUCUUAAUGUGGAAAGUUGCAUGUUAUAUGAUAAUUCUAAUCAGCUUGGACAUGUUGAAGUCCACAAGAAUACUGUCAUCUCCAUUGAAAAGAAGGCGCCUGAUCCUGGCACUACUGUUCAGGAAGGUUUGGCUUUGCCUGUCAAGGGAAGAGAAAUAAAUUCUUCUCCAAAAUCAUUGGCCAAAGCUACGGCUGAAAAACUGCCUCAUUCCCAUGAUCAAAGGAAAUCUUCUGCCGCUGUAUCACGUAGAAUUGGAAUAAUCAGUGGUUCGAAAUGUGAUAACUCUAUUGGAGGUGUAGUCGAGAAGAAGAGACUAACUGCACGGUCACUCCGCAGGUCGAUCAGUCUUCCUUCUGGCACUGGUGAAACAAGCAAAACAGCUGAUGCAGCUUUACGACCCAGAAAUGCCACAAACAGAUUUUUACCAAGUAAGAAUUCUGUAGGAAGCUUAGUUGAGAAUAAGAGAUUAGUUACAUCAUCACUUCACAUGUCGGUCAAUGUUCCAUCUGGCACUGAUGUAGCAAGUAAAACCACUACUGCGUCGGUUAAACCCAGAAAUGGAACUAACUUUGUUGCAAAAAGUUUGAAGUCUAUUGGAGCCUCAAUAGAGAAGAGACUAACCGCAAGGUCACUCCACAUGUCUAUCAAUCUCUCUUCUGGUGCUGGCGACACAACACGGUCUGCAACACAGGCAUCUCACGAUUUGUUAAAUCAAGCUCCAGCAAAUCUUCCUUCUCAAGGCAGAAGCUGUCUGAAAUCUUCCAGCAUCACCCAAAGCAGCCCCCUACUCCCUACCAAAUCAUUGCCUUUUAGAUUCAGAAGCGAAGAAAGAGCAAUAAAACGCAAACUUACUAAAGAAAGGAUGGAAGAAACUAAAACCAAGGUAGAAGAGAAAGUUCAAAUACAAAGGAAAGCAACUUCUAGUUCUAGUACAAUAAAAAACUUGGGAAAACUCCGGAAGCCUCCAAUUAGCACCAAUAAUUCCAAACGUAUUACAGAGAUAAAUAACCGACCAAGGCAAUCAGGAACUUCAGUAUCAAAUACCUCAUGGGAAAAUGCUUCUCCAAAUAUUCAGCAUUGAGAACAUGAAAUUGGUUAUAUCUGAGACUGUCUUUUGAAGAACAUGCUGUCAAAUAUAGUAUACUACCAAGUUAGUACACCCGUUGUUAUCGUUUGAUUGUAAGAGGAUCUUUUGGAGGUCCAUUUCGUGAUAUGCUUACACAUUUAGAAGGAAAAUUUUGUAGACUUUUUUUCCCUUUUAGUAAAUCUGUUACUCAGUUUAGGCUAUAUACACCUAAAGGCUAUAUGCCUAGAGGUAAAUAGGGGGCAUGAAUAUUCUUUAGUUAGCAUUAAUUUGCAUGGAUAAACUACCAUUGUUUUUUGUUUUUGAAAAAUAAAUAAAUUUGCUAGUGGCUCACCACUUUGCGACUAACCAUUCGAAUCGUAAGCUACAAGAACAUAAAUAUUUUGCUGGGAAUGUAUUAGAAGAAUCUUUUCCUUAUAA